GGAAGGAAAACGUGGUGGGAAAUGGGAAUGGGGAAAGGGGAAGAAGGGAAGACCAAAUAUUGGUGAAGUGGAGAGGUAGCCAGGAACCUUGGGGGAAAGGGGGUGUGGUUGGGAGCUGGGAGAGGAAAAUUAUAAGGAAGUAGAGGAAACCUCAAGCAAAUUGAAAGGGAGAGGGGGGCAGUGAGGUGAGAAGAGAAAAAUCAAUACUGUGCCCAAGUAUAACAUACACCAACAUUCCUCUUUAAGUCACAGUGUAUAUAAGCCAUCCAAUCCCAUGGCUUCCAAACAGCCUGUAGUGAAGAACAAAGGAGAGAAACGUAAGAGAGUUGUGCUGACCCUAAAGGAGAAAAUUGAUAUCUGUACCCGUCUUGAAAAGGGCGAGAACAGGAAAGCUUUGAUGCAAGAGUACAAUGUUGGCAUGUCUACCUUAUAUGACAUCAAGGCCCACAAGGGACAACUGCUGAGGUUUUUUGCUAAUUCGGAUUCUAACAAAGCCCUUGAACACCGCCGCACUUUGCACACCCCUAAGCUAGAGCAUCUAGAUCGGGUUUUGUAUGAGUGGUUCUUGGUGAAACGGUCAGAGGGAGUUCCUGUCUCAGGCCCAAUGCUCAUUGAGAAGGCUAAAGACUUUUAUGAGCAGAUGCAGUUGACUGAGCCAUGUGUUUUUUCUGGAGGAUGGCUUUGGAGGUUUAAGGCAAGGCAUGGCAUCAAAAAGCUAGAUGUUUCCAACGAAAGACAGUCAGCAGACCACCAGGCUGCAGAGCAGUUUUGUGGGUUUUUCCGAAGUUUAAUUGCAGAGCAUGGUUUAUCCCCCGAGCAGUUUUACAAUGCUGAUGAAACUGGUUUGUUUUGGCGUUGCCUGCCAAAUUCGACUCCUGAAGGGGCCAGUGCCUCAGGUUUGAAGCAGACCAAGGACAGAUUGACUGUCCUCAUGUGUGCUAAUGCUGCAGGCUCCCACAAAAUCAAACCUUUGGUGAUUGGAAAGUGUAAUGGUCCCAGGACUUUCAAAGGAAUUCAGCAUUUACCUGUUGCUUACAAGGCACAAGGUAAUGCAUGGAUGGACAAAGAAAUCUUUUCCGAUUGGUUUCAUCAUAUUUUUGUACCUUCAGUCAAAGAUCAUUUUAGAAAUAUAGGCUUACCUGAUGACAGCAAAGCUAUUCUUCUGCUAGACAAUUCUCGAGCCCACCCUCAGGAAGCAGAGUUAGUUUCUGAUAACAUUUUUACCAUCUUCCUGCCUGCCAGUGUUACCUCGCUGAUUCAACCUAUGGACCAGGGCAUUAGAAGAGAUUUCAUGAGAAAUUUCAUCAAUCCUCCAGUCACUGUACAAGACCUUCAAACUCGUUACAACAUAAGUGAUGCCAUUUUUAAUGUUGCUUGUGCCUGGAAUUCUGUUACUAGUGAAAUAUUAAGGCGGGCAUGGAGAAAAUUGUGGCCUAGUGUUAUGUUUGCAGAAGUGUCUUCUGAUGAAGAAGAAUUUGACCGGUUUAGAGUAAGGCCUCCAAACAACACACUGGUGCAGAUUCUUGAAAUGGUGAAGGAUCCUCCUUCACCCACAGUCAACAAACUGAAUAAAAGUGAGGGAGAUGAGUGGGCUGAUGCUGACCAAGAAGGUGAAGUGUCACAGGGUGUUAGUGACACAGAGAUAGUAGAAACUGUUUGGAAUCCUGACAAUGGAACUGAUUCUGAAAAAGACAGUGAUGGAGAAGAUUUUAGGGAAGGGGAGAAAACAUCUUGGGAAAAAGCUGCUUCAUCCUUUGAUUCGAUUAUUAGUUUUGCAGAAAAGCAGCCGUGUUUUACAAACCAGGAGAUUAUGCAGUUGCAUAUGCUGCAUGCUAUUUUUAUGCGACAAAGGCAGAUGGCAAACAAACAAACAGAGAUCAGGGAUAUAGUCAAGAUAGAAAAUCCCAGGGGAUAUCCUGUAGUUUGCACUGGUUCAGCCCAAUCUCCUAUACCAUCUACAUCUACAGCACUGUAUAGUGAUAACUGAUAGUCAUUUUGGUGCCCUUGAGACCCUGUGAAAUCUUAACUCAUCAGAGAAGGAUUCAGUUAUAUCCAGCAGGCUGUCUUUUCACUUAUGCUAAAAAGUGGACUAAGACAUUUUAGAGAGGUUUUUCAUGGGGGUUGGUUAAAACCAAAGGUUGCCUAUUGAAUCUGGAAAUUCAUUUAAUUAGAACAGCCCAAACUCCCUGUGUAUUCCAGUUAAUCGAGGUUUUACUCUAUCACCCUUUAUGUAGUGUGAGGAACCCCUAAAGGAAGACAACAGAACUGAAAGGCUUUUCCUUUGUAGCACAAAAUUGAGUGUAGUGCAACCCUACAGUUUAUCUUUCAGAAAGCACUCCCCAUACAGAAUCUCUGCACGGUAGUAACAGGAUCCGGAGAGAGAGCUUAGUGUGGGGCUUGGGGGGAAAGUAAGAUGUUCAGGUUACCACAAAUUAGUGUCUAAAGAGCUUUCCAUGGGGGAUUAAAUGAAACUUAAGGGCUUGUGGCUUCUCUGGGUUUUUAACUGGAGAGGGGCUUGGAAUAUCUAACUUUGACAGGUUUAUUAGAUAGCAUAAAUCCUUCAGACUGAAUUUAAGUGAGAUUCUGUGAAUGAGUCUCUGGAGGACUUUGGGGCCAUCACAUUCCCACUGGAAAUAAAAAUGAUAGUCUAUUUCAGUUUUUGAGGUAAUAUUUCUAAGAAGUCAGAACUAAUAAUAUUUCCAAAUUGGUAUAAUUACAUUCCAGUAAAAAAAAAAUUGUUCUGUGACCUUGGGAAAGUCAUUCUCCACCCUCACUCCAAAUACCUUUUCUUCCUAUUCGUAAAAUUGGGAAUCUGAUUAGAUGACCUCUAAAGCCCUUUUUCUACCAUUCCAUGAUUCUAUAGAAAUGCAUUUUUUUUUUCAAUUUAUAUCUUAAACAAGGCACUGGUAGCGAGGUUACAGCCACUCUGAAUGUGAAAGUGAUUCCUUCCCGAGGAUAUCAGAAAUGCCAUCCUAAAUCAGACUGUUCCUCUGUCCAGCCCAGUAUGAGGACUCUGAUGGGAAUUUUGAGGAUAUUUGCCUUCUGUUGGGUGACUUGGGUUCAAUUACUUCCCUUCUCUGGGGUAUUUCCUUACCUCUAAAAGGAGUUUGGAUGAGGCAGUCUUGAAGUGCCCUUCAGUCUUUUAACUUUCCAUAAUUAAUAUGUUAAUUUUGGGGGUGGGUGGGUUAUAUACUCUAGAGUCUUCUAUAAACAUUCCCAGGAAUUUCAGUUGAUCCCAUUUCUGGAUUUUGAUAAUGUCUUUUAAGUCCAGACCAACACUUAAGAAGUUUCUGUUCUAUGUGAAUUGCUGAAUUUCCAUGCCAAGAGAUAUACAAUUAGUAUUUGAACUUUCCUUUGUAACCUUGGAUAUCCUUAUUUCAGUGUUGAAAAGCCUGACUGCUUUUUUCCCUUUUUUUAAAUUUAGGCCAGUUUUGACAAAAGAGUUCACAUUUUUUUCUCAUUUAUUCCAUGUUAAUCUUUGAGUUAUAAACAGUUAAAUGCAUACCAUGAAUUAUAUGUAUCCCUACUUAAGACUCUCUCCCUCCCUACCUACCUGUGUUUCUUAGAAACACUGAAUGCUUGUAUUUUUCCAUUCUUUUUUUCACUCCUGGGUCUAUAACUCCCAUUUAACUUUGGAUUAAUGUUGUGGUUGUGGAAUCAGUACAUACUUUUCAUUCCAGGAUUUCCCAUUCCUUCCACCAAGAGGCUUUAAGACCUGGUGGAUAGAAUGUUGUCCACAGCCUGUUUAUAACUAUUUUUACAUGUUUCUUGCUUUAAAUGAAAUCCUAUAAAAUAUAAAUGCAAUGUGUAUUUCUUGCUUUAUAUGCAUGUGUAUAGAUUAUACAAUAUCUCAAAUAGCUUUUUUUAAAAAAAACAAUUCAUUGCUACAUAAGGUCAGAUUGACUUUGUGCCCUUAUUACUCCUAUGUCACUUGCUGUUGAGUCCCACUGUGUCUUUGAGAUGAUGUUUGUAUAUCCAUGUAUUUUUGUGCCGUUUCUGUGCUCUUUUCACUGUUGACCCUUAUACAAAAGACUGUUAGGUUCACCUCUGCUUAGGGGAAUGACAUGCAGGAUGCUGGAGUGAUUUAAAGACUGCUCUCUUUUUUCCUUAUUUAUUGCUAGUAACUCUGAAAGAAGGGCAGCUCAUUCAAAAGACCCCUUUCCUGAGGCAGUUAUCUUCUGUUCAAGGUCUUUAAAAAGGAAAACCAUGAACUUUGUAAUUGUAUGUGAAAAUCUUGGUAAGCAGAAGGACAUAGGAUGAGUGCUGCCUUAAUUAGAUACUGAGUUUCUGAACCUCCAAAUGGAGGUGUUCAAACUCCUAGUAAAGUGCUUUGCUAUGCUUACUGAACUGAAAGGAUGCAAGACCCACUGCUGUCAGGGAUAUCGUAGGAGAAAUUCAUUUAUAGAUGACCCCUCUGACUUAGACUUUGUGAUUCUGUGACUUCUUGUUUUGGUCUUACAUUGUUUCCUGUGUGUGAGUUCUUUUCCCAGCCAGAUUGUAAGCUCUUAGUGAGCAGGAAUUAUGUCUUAUAUUUCAGUACCUGUCACAGUUGUCACAGGCUGAACAUAUACUCAAUGAUCAAUAAAUACAUGAUUGAAGGGAUUUAUCUCCCACAGUCUCUCAUCUUGAUAGCCCUCUGCUGUAUUUCAGAAGGGUGAUGGGAAGGCUAUAUUUUGUAGUAAGCUCACUGAACAUCCUAUUAUCUUUGGUUUAGUUAUCAGCACCCUCAUCAUGAAAUACUGGGAUGUGAUGACGAGUGAUUCCUCCUUUUUCCAUUGGUCACUUACAAUAUUCUGACUGAAAAACUCAGUCCUUUUUUGGACUGAUCUUGGGAUUGCCACCAUUGCCCUUUUCUCCAUGCCCUACCUUGAUUGGAGGUCCCCAGCAGCUUUAUUCUUAGGCAUACUGUUUGUAGUGUACAAACUACUUUAUGUAGCAUGUGAGGAUGAUUAGGCUACAGAUGAUAAGCAAAUUAUAAAUACAUAGUAGAGUACUGCCUUUUGCCCGAUUUAAGAGAUUCUAUUAUUUUUGAAUUAAUCUACUCAGAAGUUCCACUCCUGGCCUUGGCUUUUCUUUCCUUAGCUCCCUGAAAAGCCAGGUUUCUUUUUGUGGAUCCUCUUUGUCUCAGAAAGCUUGCCUGGCCACUUAGAAUGCUAGAUUUUUACUCUCUGGUUGUUUACUCUAGCUCUCCUGAGGGCCCCAAAGUGGUAAUACCCCACGGUUCCCUCUCAAGCCUUCUUUCUGAGACAAAUGUUCAGUUACUCAUCUUUAAUCCAAUUCCCAUUCUUUCAUUCACUGACACUUUUCUAUGACUGAUUCAUAUGCUGGUUGCCCAUUGCUCUGGUUUUAUUAUUCCUCUUGUCCAGGAAUAUGCCUAGAUAGUUUAUUUUUCACCUGCCUAGGGAGGAAAUGUGAUUAAAAAAAAAAUGUACCCAGAGCCUGGAGACCUGGGUUCUAGUCUCAGCAUAUGCCUAUUUUUUGUUUUGUGAUUUUAAUCAAGUCAUUUCCCCAUAUGUAAAAUUGGUUCAAGAUAGAGAGGGGGUUGGGGAUUAGAAGAUUCUUAGGGACUUUUCCAGCUAUCUUACCCUAAUGGUUCCUCAUAGCCUUUCUCCUGACUUUCUUUAGUCUUAGAUACUGAAUUCUGGAAGUUGCAGUGGAAGUCUUUAGUUGUUACUGAAGUGUAAUCUUCCCUUUGCAUUUAGCCUUCAAGUACACAAAAAGGUUGAGGUGAAUUUUGAAAGGCAAUUACAAGGAUAAUGACCUCUGAUCCUUUGUUGAGAUGGGUUGAGUGAUGGUAGUAAGGGGUCACUGGUAGGGCCCUCACAUUGCUCAGGAGCAGCUAGGUGUGCAGUGGAUAAAGCACUGGCUCUGGAGUCAGAAGGACCCCAGUUCAAAGCUCACCUCAGACAUUUACUAGCUGUGUGACCCUGUGCAAAUCACCUACUUCCUUGAAGUAGGACCUCUUACAUUAACAACUUUGUGUGAAUGUUUUUAAUCAGAUUGCUUUGCUCCUAAUCUCUACUUAAUGGCAACAACACUGUGGAAAUGAGAAUCUGGAUUAGGAUUGUGGGAGGAAUUAUUUCUUGAGGAGGAUCACAGACCUAUGUGGAAUGACUCUUGGGAUAGGAGCUCCUGACAGGGCCAAAAGAAGACUCCAGAAACCUGGUAUUAUCCAUUUCAAGGCUCUCUGAAAAUUUUCAACUAAUAAUAUCCUUACAGUGGUGAUUGAAAUGAAUUAUUCGGACAGCUUGAUGGCUGAGCCUGGCAUUUUGAAAAGAAUUGGGGUUGCCAUGAACUACCAGGAUCAUGAAAUUGGGUCAGCCUUGCUAUAAGUGGAAAGAGUCACUCCCAUCCCUAGCACUGGAACAGUGGGUGUUGACCAACAUCCCAAAGAGGAUUGGACUUUGGUGAUGGAUGGAUUAUACGAGUGGACUCUGAUGGACUUUGUGAUUUAUUUCUCAGAGGUUCAGAGAGUAGUGUGGAGAAUACAUGAAGUUAUAGUGUUUGUCUGGAGCCAACUGCUUGGGUGUGGAUGAUCUCAUCUCUCCAACUGAUAUAGAAGAAUAGUUAUCUCUGUAUCUUAUUCUCUUAUUAGACUGUGAGCUCCAUGAGGGCAGGAAUCAUUUCAUGUAAACAUAGCUGCCCCAGUGCCAAGUGCAGUAGAUCCUUAAUAAAUGCUUUUUGAAUUAA